GUCACGCCCUGCCCUGCCUCUGCACGUCUUCCCAUAACAGCGCGCUAGCUCCUGUCACGCCGGAGUCCCUCAUUCGACACAAACACUGCAACACAGCGCUGUCCAGCCAACUCACCCAAAAAGCUCCCGCUGUUCACGCCUCUUGUCUCCUUCUCACAUCUAACCCAUCAGCCACCCCUGCCUGCCAGAUGCUUGGUAUCUGUGUAUAGGCGGACGUACAGCGCCUAGUUAGCGACUUUUCCCAGGAGCGUCACAUUCCACCAUCAACAUGGCGUCCACCACCCAAGAGCAACAAGACAUGGGCCGGAGAUCCAGCGCACUGGUAGCGCCAUUGAACAUCCACAAGUCGCCCACCAGAUCACGGUCACGCACGGCUGUGCGUGGCCACAGCCGACAGUCUUCUUCAAGAGGCACUCUCUCCAGCCGUUCGCAAUCGCACAUGUCGCCUCCACUGACGCCCAAGACGUCGACCGAGGCCAUGGCCCAGCAACAGUCGGAGCCCCAACCCGAAUUCCACAACUACCUCCGUGCCUUUUAUCACUACAACCCGAGCUCCACCGUAUUCUCCUCGACCGACGAGUCCUCCAUUACCGUGGCCAUCAACCAGGGCGAUGUUAUCCUCGUGCACUCGGUCCAUCCAAAUGGAUGGGCAGAUGGCACAUUGCUGGCCUCGGGCGCCCGUGGAUGGCUUCCUACCAACUACUGCGAACCCUACGACCACCCAAUCAUUCGAAAUCUGCUGACUGCCCUGACAUAUCUCUGGGAUCUUGUCCGCGAUGGCGAGAAUGGCGAUCUGGUCGCCUUCUCAAGGCAGGACUACGUCAAAGGCAUGAUUGUUGGCGUACGCCUUUUCUUGGAAAGGACUGGAUGCCUGCAAAAAGACUCACGCCUCGUCGUCGCCCACGUCGGCUUGCGUCGCAUGCGAAAAGCUCUCUUGGGUGACCUGUCGACGCUUGUAAAGACUGCCAAAUCCUUCCAAGAAGUUUUGCAAUCAAACGAAGCGCCAGUCCCAGUAUUCGAGCACAUGGAUGAGCUCGUGUUCAAAUCCUUCAAGCUUGUCACCAGGGCUGUGCGCUUUCUGGACAUCUGGGCAACAGAUGCCGUGUCUCUCUCACUCUUCGAGCUUGGUGACGCAGGCAACCGGCCACUCACCCCGCCUUCUGAUGCUGUCGUGGAACCGCUGCCAGCAUCAGCGGCAUCGACCGACGACACGCUUUCAGCCAGUAACUGCGACUCUCCCGUUACACAAGGAACUUCAUCGACGCACGAUGACUGGUACACCGGAAUCAACCAACCGUCACGGAAUCUCAGCCGCCUAUCAGUCGCCUUCUCCCUACCCUCCGAAGCGGACUCUGUUCAAUCAUCAGUCAUCCAUUGUCAGCCUCCCGUACAGUCGAAGCGCGUCUCGAUAACACAUCGCCUGUCCCACACGGGCAAAUCGUCGAGCGCGUACAAAGGAAGCCUUGCCUCGGAGAAACUGAAUGCCGCCCACGACGCUUUUCUCGGCUUUAUCGGGUCUUUCAUUGGUUUGCACUUGCAAUCACGCUCGUCUGACGAGCUAGCCCAGAUUACCAAACACUCCGUUGUGGCGUGCCGCCAGCUCCUCACAGUGGUCGAAGACGUUUGGGAAAGGGACUCGCGAAGGUCGAACCCGCUCGAGGAAGCACGGGACACCAUGUACGUCCGUCUGACUGAGCUUGUGCAAGCCACCAAAGACAUGUUCAUCCAGGCAGACGCCGAGGGCGAGGAGGUGAUAGCGCCAGAUGCCGGCAAGCAGAUUGUGGAUGCCGCCACAAGCUGUGUGAGGGCCGCUGGUGACUGUGUCUCCAAGGCUCGCGUCGUGAUUGAGAGGAUAGGAGAUUUUGAGUUUGAGACCGAGGCUGCUGCUGGCCUGGGGCUGUCGCCAUCGAUAUUCCAAGAACCUGGACCCAUUGAGCAGGCCCCACCAGCCGAAAGAUCAGUCUCACCCAGGCCUACCGAGACCGUCAUGGAGACCAACAAGCCGCUACCAGCACCGCCCACUGAGGAGUUCGAGAAGCCUCUACCCCCGGUCGUCUCCGAAUCGAAGCCACUACCUGAUGUGCCGCAACCUUCGCCUGUCGAUGACCCCAGGCUCAGCUUGCAGCCCACGCAGCAAGCCUCGAUUGUCGAGAGCCCCACUGCUGUGUCGUUCAGAUCCUCGCGUGCAUCAUUGCCUCCUCUCAAUGCAGUACCCACUCCGGUGCUAAACCCGCCCACUGUCGCCGAAUCUGUCAACAGUCCUGCAAGCACCACCCAGGGAAGCUUUGUGGGCUCCGUCAAUGCUGACAGCGUCAGCGUAUCUGUGAACGAUAGUGCCAGCACCUACCACUGCAGCGCACGAGGCGGAUCUGUAAGCGCCGAAUCUCACACAUCGACCCGCGCCACAACUCCGGACCAUUCGCCCACCAAGAAGCAGAGCUGUCAGACCUUGGUUAGCUGCGCUGACAGUUCGUAUGAGACGGGCGAGGACAUUGCUGCGGGCGAGGAGCAUUUGUUCGAGACAACAUACGUGCAUGAGCUUAUCUACAACAAGGACGGCCAGAUUUCGGGCGGUUCCCUUCCCGCUCUUGUGGAGCAGCUGACAACCUUUGAGUCUACACCAGACGUUGUCUUUGUGAACGCCUUCUACCUUACCUUCCGCCUCUUCGCCACACCGAUCGAACUUGCGCAGUGCCUGAUCGACCGGUUCGACUACAUUGGCAACAGCCAGGAGGUGGGUGUGCCAGUCCGUCUCCGAGUUUACAACGUCUUCAAGGGCUGGCUGGAGAGCCACUGGUCUAGCGACAGCGAUUCGGCUGCCCUCGGUGUUAUCUUGGCUUUUGCCACUGGAAAGCUUAGGGCUGCCAUGCCUGCUGCCGGCAAACGACUAGCGGAACUGACGUCCAAGGUUACUGAAGUGAGAGCGGGUGCACUUCUUGUUCCCCGCUUGGUUUCAUCGAUUGGAAACACUUCAUACACACUUGCCGACACCAAUGUCCCGGCGCCAAUCAUUAGCAAGAGCCAGCUCAAUGCUCUCCGGGCUAGCAAGGAGGGAAAAGCACAGUGCACCAUUCUCGACUUUGAUCCUAUGGAACUCGCCAGGCAGUUCACCAUUAUUGAAUCAAAGCUCUUCUGUGCCAUUCAGCCAGAAGAGCUCCUUGCUCUGGAGUGGACCAAGAAGAAGGAUUCCAAGGCACACAAUGUCAAGGCAAUGUCCACCCUGUCGACGGAUUUGGCAAACUUGGUUGCCGACACCAUCUUGAACCUGGAGGAUGCUAAGAAGCGCGCCAUUGUCAUCAAACAGUGGGUCAAGAUUGCAGUAAAGUGCUUGGAGUUGCACAACUACGAUUCGCUCAUGGCCAUCAUCUGCUCGCUCAACUCUUCCAUGGUCAUGCGCCUGAAGCGGACGUGGGAGCUUGUAUCGGCAAAGACCAAGGCUCGCCUGGACGAGUUGAAGGCGAUUACCGACGUCGGGCGCAACUACGCCGUGCUGCGACAACGCCUUCAGGACCACAUUGCCCCGUGCAUUCCUUUCGUCGGCAUCUACCUCACAGACCUCACCUUCAUCGACGUUGGCAACGGUACCACACGACAGCUCCCCGGCGACUCGGGAUCUGACAGUGUCUCCGUCAUCAACUUCGACAAGCAUAUGAAGACGGCCAAGAUUAUCGGCCAACUCCAGUCAUUCCAGGUUCCCUACCGACUAGCUGCCAUCCCAGAGAUGCAGGAGUGGAUGGAGGGCCAGAUUCAGCGCAUGCAUGCGAGCGAUCAAGCCAACGUUCAAAACUACUACCGCCGAUCGCUGCUUCUGGAACCGCGAGAAGCUCAGCACUCGGCAAGAGGCUCGCCGUCCAUCGAUAACAGUGCUCAAGCCAACUCCCCGGUCGAAGCGCGAACCAACUCCAAGGACAAGUUCGAGUUCCUCAACUUCAACUUCUCAACAUCAAACCUCAAGGGUUCAUAGACUUGUGCACUGUGCUGCAGUGUAUUUGUUCUUGUCAGCCACAUUCUCUGGUUCUACCCAGAUUCACACACGGCGGGCACUUUGUCAUUCACAUACGUUAAUAUUUGUGUUUUAUUGCGUUUAUUCUUGUCCAUGAUGUCUUGGACACUUACGACACCAAUGCCGGAGUCUCUUUUGUUUGUUCUAUACCACUUUAGCGAUUUUCCUUUUUUUGGGUGACGUUUGUCUUUUUCGGCGGUAGAUGAUAGGCAUCUGCACAGCAUCUGUUAUCUUUUGCAUAGCCAUUUAGGCCUUGGUUCUUGGCGUUAAAAAAAAAAGAGGAAAGAGCCGUCACGGCAAAGGGUGCAUUGCCGUGGUGGCAGGAAGUAGAAUCUCCAGGUUGAUGCGGGAAGAGAAAAGUAUUUUCCUAUAAGUAGUCCAAGUACUAGUGCGGCAUCAGAAGUCGAUUAAACUCUGUUGCGAA